GGAGAGGGUGGAGGGAAGGAUGGAGCGCUGGAUAAAUGGAGGGAGGAGAGCUCUGGAUGCUCGUCCUCAGAGCUGAGGAAGACAAUGAGAAGUGAUGAAGAGAAGAAGAACGACUGCAACAACCAGCAGCCUCCACUAAACAGAGGAGGAGAUUCUACAGACUCAGACGCAGACGUGAAGAUGAGUCCAGACAUCAACGAGGUCGCGUGCUCCGUGUCCUCCUGCAGCUGCGUGGGCUUCAGAGCGGGCGGCGUCCAGCUGCGCUGCUGUGGAGGCUGUGGUCACGGCUGGGUGGCGCAUGCCCUCCAGAAGCUCCAGGCGCCGCCCUCCGUCCGCGGUCCGGUAGAGGUGGCGCUGCCCGGGCUGGUGUUCCACCUGAGCUCCCUGGUUCUGUUCGGGGCUCAGGCCGUUCCUGUGCGCCUGAAGAUCCUCCUGGACCGGCUGUUCAGCGUGCUGACCCCAGGUCAGGUCCGACACAUUCUGCAAACGCUGGGCUGGAGUGUGGGCGACUACGCCAGAGGAUACAUGCUGCAGCGCCCCAGUGGGCCGGUGUUGGACCGGUGGUUCAUGGUCACUCAGGACGAGGAGCUCCUCAUUCUCACGCAGUUCCUUCGCUUCGGGGAGACCCGUCCCAUCGUGGAGCUGAUGACCCGUCACUGCUUCACCGCUGGGGCUCAGCGUUCUGAUCCGGAGCUGGAGACGAGCUGCCAGUCACACGACGGCACAAACCUGGAGAAGAGCAGGAAAACGGCCGGAGGCUCCAGAACCGCAGCAGGAGCUGGACCCAGCGCCGCUCAGCGCUUUAAAAGCUCUCCAGAGGCGCAGUGUUUGGUUCCUGUCACCAAGGAGCUGGUUCCGUCCUCCAGAACCAGCCAGGAUCUACAGAAGCAGCAGAGCAGAACUCAAGACAGUGGAUCAGUUCCACCACAGUCCAAAGCUGAACUGGCCUUAAAAAUCAAAGUGGACCCUGACAAACAAUUUCCGGCCCAGUCCCUGUGGAACCAACACGUCCGGUUCUACGACAAACAAAAACCGGACCCCCACAGAGUCCGAUCAGAGAGCAGGUCUCCGCUGCGUCCUGACUCCACGGCCUCCACCCUGAGAGCUUCAGCUCCGCUGCAGGGCUCCUCCUCCUCCUCCUCUCCUCAUCCUCUCCCAUCGUUCUCUUCCUCCUUCCUCCGUCCUCACAGGUCCGUUUCCUCCACCCUCCACCCUCUCCCCUCAUCUCUCUCUUUACCUCCUUCUCCUGCAGCGGGUCGGAAGGGAAGGGUCUGCUGUGGCGUCUGUGGGAAAAGUUUCUACGACAAAGGAACUCUGAAGAUUCACUACAACGCAGUCCACCUGAAGGUCAAACAUGGCUGCACGGUGGCAGGAUGCACCAUGGUCUUCAGCUCUCUGCGAAGCCGGAACCGACACAGCGCGAACCCAAACCCUCGCCUUCACACCGGCUGCAGCAGACACACACAGACACACAAACACUUACAUGAGCACAAAGAGUCCCACAAACACAUACACAACACUGAAACGCGUAUCUGCAGAGGAAGAAAGUUACUCACCUAUGACUCAGCAGGUCAGAACCGCGACCCAUCGCCCUCCCCUGAGCCUCCACAACAGAGGCUAAGCCACCUCCUCACCCCAACCGACUCCAGCUCCAGAACCGACCCGGUCCUCCAGCCCACACCUGCUCCUCUGCUCCUCCCUGUCCAACACGCCUCCUCACGGGCCUCACCUUCCUCUUUCCCCCUGGAUGCACCUACGGUGGAGAAACCUAAACACUGUUGCCCCCUGCUCACAGAACCAGCACCAGCUCUCUGCUCUGAUUCCACAUCCAUCACCUCGACAAACUGCAAAAAUCAGCACGCGUCUUAUGAAAAUACUGUCACAGAAAGGAAACAGAGAGAGAUUUACACCAGUCCAGUCCCUACGCAGCAACGGUGGGAUUCAGGCGACUCUGUGCCAAAAAAGAAGCCCAGGAAGUCAAGCAUGCCGGUAAAAAUAGAAAGAGAAAACAUGGAAGGAAGAAGAAACAAGGAAGAGGAGCAGUGAUGAAGGUUUGCAGCAGAGAAAUUACAUUCUUAAAAAAAACUGGAAAAAAUAAACUGGAUUCAAUUUUAUGUUUCUGUACUUGAUG